AUGGCGAACCCCAGAGUUGAAGAGCUUCCGGAUGACGAGCCGAAGAAGGUCACCGUCGAAGAGCAGGAUGAUGACAGCAGCUCCGACUCCGAGAUCGAGGCUGGCGACUCCAGCCUGCCCACUGGCUCCAAUGCCGUCAUCUACUCCCGCAACGAGAAGAAGGCCCGCAAGGCCAUGGAGAAGCUCCAUUUGACCCGCGUCCAGGGCAUCACUCGUGUCACCCUACGACGACCCAAGAACAUCCUCUUCGUCAUCAACAACCCCGAGGUUUACAAGUCCCCCAACAGCAACACCUACAUUGUCUUUGGUGAGGCUAAGAUCGAGGACCUCAACGCCUCCGCACAGGCUGCUGCUGCCCAGCAGCUCGCCAGCCAAGGCGGUGACCACGACCACGCCGAUCACGACCACUCCGGCCACGACCACGGCAAGGCUGUCGAGGCCAAGAAGGAUGAUGAUGACGAUGAUGGCGAGGAGGUUGAUGCUGAGGGAAUUGAGGACAAGGAUAUCGAGCUCGUCAUGACCCAGGCUGGUGUGUCACGCAAGAAGGCUAUCAAGGCACUGAAGGAGAACGACAAUGAUAUUGUCAACUCCAUCAUGGCUCUGAGCGUCUAA